CAAACAAUGGCAGACGAAAUGAAAACCGAAAAACUUGGAGCAUCAGAAAUGUUGAAGCAAGUCAUAAAAUGCUCACAUUUUGCCGCAAAAAAACAUAAAAGUCAAAGAAGACGAGACCCAGAGGGCACACCUUAUAUAAACCAUCCUAUAGGUGUUGCCAACAUCCUUGUAGAGGAAGCUGACAUAUCAGAUUUGACAGUGAUCCAGGCAGCUCUCCUUCACGACACGAUAGAAGACACAGAUACGACAUUAGAAGAACUCAAAGCUGAAUUUGGAGAUGAAGUUGCUGGAAUUGUACUAGAAGUUUCGGAUGACAAGAACUUACCGAAAGAGCAGCGGAAAUUACUGCAGAUCCAGAAUGCUCCAAACUUAACUUACAAAGCCAGGCUUGUGAGACUAGCAGACAAAAUUUACAAUUUGAGAGACUUGCGUCGCGUCACACCUGUGGGGUGGUCUGAGUCGAGGAAGAGGGAAUAUUUUCAUUGGUCUUUGUGUGUUUUGAAGGGCAUCCGAGGGACCAAUGAAAGAAUGGAGAAAAUCUUGGAUGAUAUUUUUGCCUCUAUGAAUAUUCAUGAGGACUCCUCAAAUGACGCCCAGCGCUAGACGAAUGGUAAAACUGUCUACAGCUGGGGUUUUCACAUUCUUCAGCACAACGUAUUUAAACAUGCGUUAGAUAUGUGUUCUUAAUCUGACUGUAUCAGAAGUAUUGGGCAAAAAAUCAGACAGCACAACUGUUGUUGAAUUUUAGCUCUUAUUUUAAAAUGGCCCAAGUGAUCACAUUUCACAAAUCAUCUGCCUCAUCUUUGCAUGUGUUCCCACUCAAAAUGGGUUAUUAAGUUCGUGAAAUUUAUAGUCCUUAUUGCUUUAUAUCUUUUUCAAACUGUAGAAGUAUUUUAAUUCUGAUAAUUUCUGAAAGGCAAUGAUUUGAACAAUUCUUGGUAAAUAUAGAAAAUUUCAUAUGAUUAGGGAAUGUGGAUUUUUUAGCAAAAAUCUCCAGUAAAUUCUCAUUAAAACACCAAGUAGCAUGAUGGCAUCUCUUUGUGACAGACCAAAUUUUGAGUAAAAUCUGAGCAUACAUUAUAUAUUGAGAUUGUGGUUCAAAUCAAGUUGUCAAUAUUAUGGCUUGGCCCACUUUAAAAUUACUUUUGGGGGGCCUACGUGGCUCAGUCGGUUAGCGCGCUAGCGCAGCGUAGUGACCCAGAAGCCUCUCAGCAAUGCGGUCUCUGUGAGUUCAAGACCAGCUCAUGCUGGUUUCGUCUCCGGCUCUACGUGGGAAGGUCUGCCAGCAACCUGCGGAUGGUCGUGGGUUUUCCCCGGGCUGUGCCCGGUUUCCUCCCACCAUAAUGCUGGCCGCCGUCGUAUAAGUGAAAUAUUCUUGAGUACAGCGUAAAACACCAAUCAAAAAAAAAAAAAAAAAUUACUUUUGGAAGCACUUUGCACUUUAUUGGGGGGAGUGGAAGGGGUUGUCGUUGUGUUUGUGUUUUCUUUUAAUUUAAAACUGUCCAAGUCAAACUUCUACAUGCAGAUUCAGGAAAGUUGCAUAAACAUUCCCUUCCUGUAGUGUUAUAAAAUUUUGCACAAGUUUCAAGGGGAGGUAACUGAGAUAAUUUUUCAACACUGGAAUCAGUACCUCAUCCAGUGUGAAUCCGAAAGGACAGUAAUGCUGUUAAUGGUUGUAUGUACAGGUGUUUUAAAGUCCACAUAUUUAGAAGCAAAUUUAUUUAUAGUUGUACAGAUUUCUCAGAUUAUACAGACCUGUUAGUUUGUCACAAAUUCUCCUUGUUCUCAAACAUUUCACACGGUCACAUGUUUUCUAAUGAAAGCACAAAAAAAAAAAAACGGGUAUUGAAAGUUCUCAGAUCAGAAGUUCAAUAAACAGCCAAUGACAAACCAUGGGUUACAGUACAAAAUGUGAUCGCUUUAAUUUUGACAAAUUGAAUUUUAAUUUGACAAAUUGAAGAGGAUUAGGAAUGGAGAGGUAAAUUAGAAAUCCAGAAAGUGUAGAUUGUUGGAGGUAGAAAUCAUGUACUGUAACUCUUCAACCUCUUCCCAUGUUUACAAGGGGUUUAUUCAAGCAAAUUCUGAGGGCAUUUUGUCUCCAAAACCAAAUUCAAAACCUGCAUAAAUUACAUUGAAAGUUCAGUGUUGACCUUUUAUUUGUUCCAAGGUUGAGGAAUAAGGGUAAAUACAGUUUUAAGCUGUUCUGGUUGAAAAUCUUUUAGUAUAUGAAAUAGCAGUUUACAUAUAGGAACAGGGUGUUCAAAAAGGGCAAGUAGCAGGCUGCACAGCUGUCUACUGCUGUCCCUGUAGCGGCCUACUUUGAAUAUUCUUACUAUUUCAAUCAAUAUUAAUUGUGACAUAAUUACUUUCAUUUCAGCAGCCUUCUUUUCAACUUUGACCUCCUCCAGUUCUAAAUGAAAACCCUGUAGGUGUUAAUAAUAGAAUGUAUUUGAAGGACAACAACAACAAUACAGUUUUUGUGUCAUACAGUCCAGACACUGUACAUGUAUAUACUAUUACAGUCAGAACUAAAACAGAUAAGUGUGGUGACAGCUCAAAUAUAUAACAGACUACAGCAUAGAGUAUAACCAGGGCAGAGAGGACAGUGUGAUAGUUGGCAAAUCGAAAAACAGUAAGGAAAGUGGUGAAAUCCAGCCUCUUGCCAGUUUAUCUCAGGGCUUAUUCUAACUGUUUGUGUAAAUGCUUCAAAAGGGGCUAUGUACAUUCCCCCAUCUCCAGUGCCAUGGCAUGAGGUGAAAUAAGUUAAAAAAAAACAAACAAACAUGUAAAGUGUUAACAGCAAAUUAAUAUACUCCACUUGUCUAGAAAUACUUUACAUGCUGUGUUGUCAUCACAUUAAAUAUACAGUCUUUUGUUUCAACUUUUUUUUGGGGGGGGGGAGGAUAUUUUUUUUGUUUAUUUAUCUCUAGCUUCUAGCAUCUAUUUGUGGUUGACAUUAAUUACUAUCAGAGUGUUUUAAGGACUGCUUUUCAUCUCUAGUGAAUUUUUCUACAAUUGAUAUCCGUUUCAUGUGCAGAGCAUAACAAAUGGCUUUAUUUUAUUUUUCAUUUCUUUUGAGAACAUAUUUUCUGUCUUUAUUUCUCUAAAUUGGUUAUUGUAAUGAAUUGAGACAGCAAGUCUGUACAGGUUUUACUGUGAUAAAUUAAAGAUGAACGUGCAUGUUCCAACACUUCAAGAGGCUAUACCUGAGAUUUUGGGCAAAAAAUCUGUCGGCGCAGAUCCCUUGAGUACGGCGUAAAACACCAAUCAAAUAAAUAAAUAAAUAAAUCGGCGCAGAUCAUGUCAAAUUUUGGCAAUGAUAUAAUAGCCCAAAGAAUUACAUUUAACAAAAUAUCUGCCUUAUUCAUGCACAUGUGGCCAGUCAAAAUGCGAACUUUAAUAAAGUUCCGAAAAUUUCAUUUAAGUGAUGCCCAAAAUUGGUGAUCCAGAAAACUGACAUUUUCUUCUGAACUGAAUAUAACGAAUGUAAAGAACAAAAAUAGUGUCAAUUUGUGUCAAGAUCAACAAAUUUGAGCUUUGUAAUAACCUCUAACUUGGCAAAAAAUGAGUAAGUAAUAUUCAAGUAAGCUAAAGAUCCGGACCCAGCACAGAUCGAUCUCAGACUUAAGUCAAAAUUUUAAAUCACCUUAAAAUUGUUAUUUCUCAAGUAACAAAGUUAAAAUAAGGGAAAUGAAUAUGCCAAGUUUAUUGAUUGUAACUUUGACUUGAGUCUAGGAUUGCCUCAUGAUCCCAGGCCGUGAUAGUAUAGGCCGUAAGAGGGUAUUAUUGUUUGUGCCAGUCAUUCCUGUUCUACUGUUGUAUAGGAUGUAACAGUAUUACAUAAAUAUGUUUACAUUUGGAUGUAAAAUUAUGAUGUACAUUUAUAUAAGUUACCCAAGUUUUGUCUGUAUAUGUCUAUUUUUCAGUAUAUACAGCGUCUGCGUGCCAGUCCUGUUAGAGGUGAGAUCUAAAGGCUCUAUGUUCUGCCGUAUUUGGCCAUAUUUAAAACAAGUUGAGUUGUCAAAUAUUCUGUCGUGUGUACAAUAUAGGGUCAGUUACCCUAUAGACAACUGUUAUGCCAUAUUCAACUAAUUAUAGUUGAAGGAUGGAUGGUUUUGUUUUUUUCUCAAGAAUAAUUUAUUGAAUUCAUAUUUGAUUGCAUAUUUGAAAAAAGGUUCUUGGCUGAAAUCUGAUUUUAUCUCCCUGUAUUCGGGUAAUAGGACACGUAACAAAAAAUAAACAUAAUUUAAAAGUCUCUAUGAUAAAAACGGAAAAGAGCACGGUUGUGCUGUCUUGAGGUAUUCCUUUCGGUAAAGACAGUAUAUAUGUACAUUACAGUUUUGGAGGCAUUUCUGUUAUUUUAUUACUGUAUGAUACAUAUAUGUGCAAAGUUUAUAUUUGUUAAACAAACACACCAAACUAUGUCUAGUGACCACCCUAUGUAAUAUAAAGAUUAAGUAUUUUGUAA